CCGAUCAAGUCGCACGUAUAAACUCAAACCGGUCUUGCCAGCUACUGUUCGUCUUGAAAACAGAAUGAAUGCAUCAAAAUGCUUUUGUGGUCCAGGCUAUGCAACGCCAAUGGAUGCUGUCCGAAAUGGACCUCGGGAAAAAGUCCUAUAUGUGGUAACGGUGCAGCCCAAUCUAGACGAGCCCCAUGGUGACUAUCUGUCGACAGUGGAUGUAGAUCCAGAAAGUCCAACCUACUGUCAGGUCAUUUAUCGCACCUUCACGAACAGUACGGGCAACGAGAUGCACCACAGUGGGUGGAAUACUUGUUCCAGUUGUCACUUUAUUGACGACAAAUCAAAAGCUCCAAAGCGUGAUCGACUGAUUCUUCCGUGUUUGAAUUCCGAUCGUAUCUUCGUUGUCGAUGUUGGAACGGAUCCUAGAGCUCCAAGCCUUGCUAAAAUCAUCGAGGGAGACGUGCUAAAGAAUGCCAACGUAACGGCUCCCCAUACCACUCACUGUUUGCCAAAUGGAAACAUUAUGAUUUCGAUAAUGGGCGAUGCGGAGGGAAAUGCAAAAGGCGAUUUUAUUAUAUUUGAUAAGAAUUUUGAAUUCGUUGGUACGUGGACCAAAGGGGAAAAAAUCGCUAUGUGUGGCUAUGACUAUUGGUACCAGCCAUGCUUCAAUGUGAUGGUGUCCUCUGAGUGGGGCGCGCCUAAGCUGUUCCGACGUGGGUAUGAAGAUUCUGACGCGGAGGACACUGUUCAGUACGGUCGACGUUUAAACUUUUACAAAUGGAAUGAACAAGAAUUGUUCCAAACCAUAGAGUUAGAUGCCGACGGGACAUGUCCGCUUGAGAUAAGAUUCUUGCAUAACCCUAGAGAAAAUCAGGGCUACGUUGGAUGUGCUCUGUAUGCUAACGUUUACAGAUUUUUCAAAGAUGAAGGCUCCGAUAAAUAUUCGAUUGAAAAAGUGAUUGACGUUCCAAAAAAGAAGGUUGAAGGAUGGAAUGGGCAAUACAUCAAUGGUAUGAUGACUGACAUUCUCAUCUCACUGGACGACCGAUUCCUUUACUUUAGUAAUUGGCUACACGGAGAUGUUCGUCAGUAUGAUAUAACAGACCGUUCGAAACCGAAACUGACCGGGCAGGUAUUCCUUGGUGGCGCAAUCCUAAGUGAUUCCAAGGUGAAAGUCGUCGAAGACAAGGAGCUCACAAAACAACCAGACCCAACGUUAAUUAAGGGCCGAAAGCUUUUGGGUGGACCACAAAUGUUGCAACUGUCACUGGAUGGUAAGCGCCUGUACGUGUCGUCUAGCUUGUUCUCUCCUUGGGACAAGCAGUUCUAUCCGGAAAUGGUGAAAGCGGGUGGAACAAUUGUACAAAUUGAUAUUGACACGGUCAAUGGUGGCAUGAAAAUCAACGAAAACUUUUUGGUUGAUUUCGGAAACGAGCCGUAUGGUCCGUCGCUACCACACGAAAUGAGAUACCCUGGUGGUGAUUGUACAUCCGAUAUCUGGAUCGAGAACGAGUGAAAAUGCUCCGCCAGCAUAAAUGGACAGCAACAAACUUGGGCUUGGCUCACAUUCCAUGAUUAAAAGUAUCCUAUAAUGUUCAUACUCAGUUUUCAUAUUCCAUUGUUUUGCUAAUAAAACUUUGAAAAUUAAACUAGCAAA